CUCAAUACACCUUGCAAAUGCAUGUUUGUAGCGCAAUUUUGUAAAGGAAUUGCUUACUUAAAAAUUUCGCCAUUUGCGCCAGUUUACCGCAAGAACAGCGCCAUUUUAAUUUUAGAAGUGGUUUUAUUUGUGUUAUAUUUCAGAGAAAUGAAUAAAGGCGUUUGGGAGAAUGGAUUGGUAAAACUAUGGAGUAACAGCUCACAGUUUAUAAUACUUGUUUGGGAUCCAUGCUCCGGUUGGAUCGUUGGUUCUAAGUUCUCGACAUCUCUUGAACCAAUGAACUCUGGAGAUGACGGCUCCACGGUGGAAGUAGAAGAGAAGGAAGUUGAUGAAAGUGGGACGGCUAAUAUUUCAACGUUUUUGCUACGAACCUUUAUAACUUUUGGAUUUCUUGAUCUGGAGUUUGUCAAUUUUUCUCCUGAACUCUUCGAUUCUGUUUCAAAAAGAUACAGAGAGCUGCAUCAGGAACUGAGUGAUAAGGUUCCUGAACUACAAGGAACCCUCACCUCAUUUAUCUACUCAGUAAACCAACAGGAGACUCCUCUAGACGAAGACUUGGAGAAACUACUGGAGAAGGAAGAAUGUUCCAAACCUGGUUUAUCUAAACUUGAACUUCUGGUGCUUAAAACAAGGUUUCAAGAAACACAGGAGGAUUCACCUUUCCAGAAUAUGUUUGGUCGUGAAGUUGGGUUGAGGAAGGGAAGAGAAAGAAGAGCAUUGAAGAGCGCUCUGCUAGUGUGUCGACACUGCCAUCUAUCCUUCACGAGCAAAGUUAGCUUUAGAAUUCAUCAAAGAACACAUUUAGCUGAAGCUAAGGAGAGAGGAGAGCUUGAGGGGGAGUUGAAAAAUAAAUAUAUUUAUCACAAGGUUAAAUUUUGAUAAUUUCCGCCGAUGACAUUUUUUCAGCAUGUUUUGGAAACACUUAAAAACUAUUUCUGAGAAUCAAUAAAGUGACUGAGAGUGGGGUAACGUGACACAUCCCCCCGCC